CAAUCUUUUUUGCGUUCCAAACCGUCGUCUGCUCUUUGUGGAAGAUAUUCAGGCUUACUUUUCGGUAUCAUUAAGAACCGUAUCAUAGUAGCUUCACUUGUACCGAAAGCAGUCUACGAAUGUUUCGCACAGUCUCGCAGCGACUAUCGACAAGAUGCAUGUCUAUGAGGCAAAAACACACCCUACCAGACUUGCCUUAUGAUUUCAAUGCACUGGAACCAGUCAUUUCUGCUGAAAUCAUGCAACUACACCAUCAAAAACAUCAUCAAACAUAUGUAAACAUGCUCAAUCAGUCUGAAGAAAAGUUUAUGGAAGCUAAAGCAAAGAAUGAUUUGAAAACAAUGAUUGCACUUGGACCAAUGCUGCGCUUCAAUGGUGGGGGCCAUCUCAACCACUCUAUUUUUUGGCAAAAUUUGUCACCUAAUGGUGGUGAACCUGAGGGAGAUCUGUUGGCAGCAAUCAACAAGGAUUAUGGCUCAUUUGAAAACUUCAAAAACAUUUUUUCUGCUGCCACAGUAGGCAUCCAAGGUUCAGGAUGGGGUUGGCUAGGAUAUAAUAAGACAACAAAGACCCUGGCAAUCACCACUUGUGCUAACCAAGAUCCUUUGGAGCCUACAACUGGAUUAGUUCCAUUACUUGGAAUUGAUGUUUGGGAGCAUGCCUACUAUUUGCAGUACAAGAAUGUCCGAGCUGACUAUGUAAAGAAUUUGUUCAAAAUAAUCAACUGGAAAGAUGUGUCGGCCCGACUGAUUUCAGCCAAGCAGUAAUCUGCAAUACAAUUCGAGUGUUAAUAGUAGUUCAAGAAAGAAGAUUUAAAAAGGCAAAAAAAAAAAAUAGAUUUUAACAAAUGGGUGUAUGUCCAGUCAAUACAGACAAUAUCUAUAUUA